CCCUCACGCCGCCCCUUCCCUCCGCCGCGGCCUGGUGCUGCUGGAGCCCCCCGGAGCCCCUCGGAGCCCCCACCCGGAGCCCCCCGGGAGCCCCCCGGAGCCCCCCGAGGCCGGCGGGAUGCGCUCGGUCAGCUACGUGCAACGCGUGGCGCUCGACUUCGGCGGCAGCCUCUUCCCGCACGCCAUCUGCCUGGGGGACGCCGACAACGACACGCUGAAUGAGCUGGUGGUAGGAGACACCAAUGGGAAGCUCUAUGUGUACAAGAACGAUGACAGCAAACCGUGGACUGUGCGAUCCUGCCAAGGAAUGCUCACGUGCGUUGGUGUGGGAGAUGUAUGCAAUAAAGGAAAGAAUCUUGUAGUGGCAGUGAGUGCAGAAGGCUGGUUUCAUCUUUUUGACUUGACUUCUCCACCUUCAAAACACCCAGAUGCUUCUGGCCACCAUGAGUUGGCAGAAGAGCAGAAGCCAGUGUUCAAGCAGCAUAUUCCUGCCAACACCAAGGUCAUGCUGAUCAGUGACAUUGAUGGAGAUGGGAAGUGUGAGCUGGUGGUAGGUUACACUGACAGAGUGGUGCGUGCUUUUCGCUGGGAGGACCUGUCGGAGAAUUCAGACCAUGUCUCUGGGCAGCUGAUCCUGCUGAAGAAAUGGCUGCUAGAAGGUCAGGUGGAUAGCCUUUCUGUGAACCCAGGCCCUGACGGCUUACCGGAGAUGAUGGUGUCCCAGCCGGGCUGCGGUUAUGCCAUUCUGCUCUGCACCUGGAAUUCGGAGCAGCAGCCUGCAGCCGAGGGAAGGGAGAGCUCUGCCUCGAGCAGGGAAGCCCCUGUUCGAGAUGUCAUUCUCCACCAAACAUCUGGCCGAAUUCACAACAAGAAUGUUUCUACUCAUCUGAUUGGUAGCAUUGGCCGAGGCUGCUCCAGUGAGAAUAGUGGCUCGGGUCUUUUUGCCCUCUGUACUCUGGAUGGGACACUGAAACUCAUGGAAGGGGCAGACAAGCUGCUUUGGUCUGUGCAGGUUGAUCACCAGCUGUUUGCUCUGGAAAAGCUGGAUGUUACUGGCAAUGGGCACGAGGAGGUGAUUGCCUGUGCAUGGGACGGUCAGACGUACAUCAUUGACCACAAUCGAACUGUUGCCAGAUUUCAAGCAGAUGAGAAUGUCAGUGCCUUCUGUGCAGGCCUCUAUGCAUGCAAAGGAGGAUGCAACAGCCCCUGCCUGGUUUAUGUCAGCUUCAAUCAGAAGAUCUACAUCUACUGGGAUGUGCAGCUGGAGAGAAUGGAGUCCACCAACCUGUUAAAAAUCCUGGAGGAUGACCCAGAGUUUGCCAGUCUUCUGCAGGAGCUAGGUGUGGAUAAAGAUGACGUUUCUGCAGUGAAAGAUCUGAUUCACAAAACACUGUAUUUUCCUGAGCACUAUCAGCGUGAUGUCCCCGCACAGAGUCAGGACCCUGCUGGAACAGACUCUGCCUACCACACUGCCCUCCUGGAUUCCUUAUAACAAGUCACAUAAAGAUUAACAUCUUCCAUCCCAACACAGACUCUUCUCUGACUGGAAUCGAAUAUUCACACCUCAGGAAGAUUAGACUGUUCUUUUUCCCUCUGUCAAGGCCUCUGCUCAGCAAAGGGUGUACAGGCCAGGUUGAAUGGAGGGAAGCGCUUGUCUGUAGGCUUCAGUGAAGGUGGCAAAUUGGUUUGACUUUAGCUGAGAAAGCUACCAGGACAGCAGGAAUCUAGUGUGUUGCUCAUUGGCCUUCUGUAGCAAGAUUCCAUGUUCUCUACUAAUGAAAGUCCAUUAUGGGUGACUGUGGAGGAGUACUAAGGACAUUUAUAGGAGAAAAUAGCCAAGCUCCGUCUUGGUUAUGGCUUAUUCUUACAACUGCUUUAGUGAUUACUUCGUUCAUAAAAAAAGCUGCAAACUGACGAAGUGAAUUAGGGAGUGAGCAGGCUGGGGCUUUGCCCUUCUCCACCAUUAGGUUUGUCUUUAAGGUAGACCCAAGCAUUAUUUGCUUUUGCUCUGCUGCUGUCCUAUUAAAAAGUUGCUCACAAACCACCUCCUGUUCUGAGGAGCUAGGGACAUGAGUGAGAAGAACCACAAAGUGCACGUGUAAAGUGUCCUCUUGAACAGCUCCAGCAAACCACAGCUGACUCAAGAAGCCUUGCUUGCCUCCAUUCUCUUGGGCAGAAUGACUACAGAGAAGUCUGUGACUUAGUAAAACACCUGUGAACUGGGUAAUAAGAAGAAUCUGUGGUGCUGUGAUGGCUUGUCUGUUCCAUAGCAGUGGGAGUGUGAGACUUUCUUCUGUCUUUGGAGAGUGCAGUGCUAUUUUUUGAGUCCUGCACAAAUGAAGGAUGUGGCCUGGAGUGAGGUGUGUUCUACUUGCUUGCAUGUACAUGUAGAAUCUAGAAAAGGCUAUUGCUCACCCAGGCUGCUCAUGUUCAGAGGCACAGGGGUGCCUUUCCACAUGUUGCUGGUGUUCUGCUUUUCCCCUCAGCUUGCCUCUUGCCUAUUUCAGCUUAUUAGGAUGGGAGCAACCUGUUGUGUUGCAUCUAUUACCCUUUCACAUUUUUGUAAUGUUUUAUUGGUUGUGCAUAAUGGAUGGAGCAGUCUUUCACCCUUAUGGCAUCCUAAGAGGGUUGGAUAUAAGAGCAAAUAAAACUAAUUCAGUGGUCUUCUGUUAGUAAAUGACAUUUAAAGAUCUUGCAGGCUGUUUUGUGAAAUACUGGUGUGCGAUGCUCUGCAAAACAUCCAAGAGCAGCCCUAACAGGAAGAAUGAACUUUGUAUGGAGGAAAGAAGUGUCCUGCUAUUUGGGUCAAAAGGUCCAUUGCUGCAGUAAGGCCCUAUGUGGGAGAAGGGCUUGUAGUUUUUCCUUGCAAUUCCCAUUCACAGGUGUAUAAAAGCUUUACAGAGGGCAGCUUCUGUAACUACAGUGGAAGUUUCUCUCCAUUUUCAUGACCUCUGAGAAACAUUUGCAUGUUCCCUUGUAAUACUAAGUGCUUGUGUUUGACUAGACCCUCAAGGCAAGAACUCUCCAAUCAUGAUAGUGCUUUGGUGACGGUGUUGGUCAGAUUAGUGGAAGUUGGGAGCAGUAAGGCUUGAAUUUGUCAUUCAUGGAGAGUGUAAGGACCAUCUACCCAUGGGAUAAAGCAAGGAGUGGUCUUGAGGCUUGUCAUCUCUGGGCUUGUGAAGUAACCUCAGGAAAUUCCAGCAGUUCUCAUGAUGCUGGGAUGUACAGCGUCCUGUCCCACUGGGCAAUCACCUUACAGAACAUAGCUGCUGGUGGUUAGUUAGUGUGACACUGUGGGCUCUCAUUUAUCAUUUUGCUUUCCUAAUGAAGAUGAAUCCUGUACUGGCUAUUAACUAGGUCACAGUAAAUUGUUUUCCUGCCACUUUGAAGUUUUCUGUUCCCCCAAGCUGGGGACAGAACCAGUAUGAGUACAAAUAGUAUCAGUGCCUGAGUUCUUGGUCAUGGCUCAGACAACCUGGUACGUGUACUGCUGCAGAGGUGUUGGAUUCUUUUUGCUGUGUGUGCUUUGAUGAAUGUAAUUGAAGUUCUACCACAACUUGUGCCUGCUGUAGCCCCACUUAGCAUCUUGUUUGGCUGUGGUAGCACAGGCAUUCUCCACAAAUGACUCUCCUUGAUCCAGUGCUGGGAUCCCAGAGGUUCCUGCAAGCAAUUGCCUGGAGCACUUCAUUUGCUUUGGAGUUGGGCCGGGUUCAGCAAAUCUGUUCGCUGGGUUUUACAGGUUAUUGCAGUGCUGCAGCAUUGGAGUUCUUCCCAAGGCCUAACAGCAAAACAGGAUUGCCUACACUCAUUAACAGAGAACAACUCAAUGCUCGCAGUCCAUGCCAAAUGGAAACCUUUAUUAGCAACACAAGCGCAAGGGGGACACGAAUAGUUGUAUGACUGAAACUGAUUUAUGCCAAACAAAAUGCAUUACAGGUCAAAUGAUUUCUAAGGAAGAAAGUAAGUCUUGAUUUAUAAACUUGAUUUAUUUUGGUUGAAACAGGAAAGUGUUAGUGGAGAAAAACAACCAUUUUCCUAGGAACCAUCUUUAAAAGAAAAUGGGACAAAACAUGUAAUGUUGGACAGGGCAAACCCGUACAGCCUAGCCCUCUUCUGCUGGGUAACACUGCUGUGUGCUGUGCAAGCCCAGGCAUGCUUCAUUGUGGAAGAACAGAGGUCAGAAGGUAGGGGCAUUAUAUACCAUCCAAUCGUGAAAGCAUCUGAGAAGGAAGACAGUAGUGUUUGGGGGUUUUCUCUGACAGUUUUGUUUUGUGUACAGUACAUAAGUUGCAGAUGUUUUGUUCCUGUUCCCUUUGUGCACAAAAAUAAAAUGAAACCUCUACAAAAGAGUUAA